CGAGUUUCGUUUUCCUUUCAGAUGAAAUGUGUCGUAAUUUUUAGUGUCUCGGCGCUCAGUGCGGUACAGUCAUGGAUACAGAGAUUUUAAAACACAUUUUGAGCAGUCAAGGCUCUGUGGACCGAGAAGAACUGGAGUGUAAUCUCGGCGACGCUUCGUUUAUCGCAGAAAUUAUUGACUCUAAUGACAAACUCGUGCCGUGUUUGCUCAACGGGACUCCGAAGGUUGUGGCCCGGUGCAGAGUGAGACUGUGCCGGGCCAGAGAGUGUCCGGGCUGCGGGGGACUGCACCUGUGCAAAAACGUGCUGUUCACUGGAGACUGCCCGUUUCAACAAACAAGGAGAGGCUGUUCUUUCUCCCAUGAGCUCCACUCUGAAUACAACAUGGAGGUCCUCAGGGAGUUCGGUCUGGAGACUCUGAGCAGGACGGCGCUGUGUCUGCUGCUGCUACAGAGCAACAACAUGCUUCUGCCUCAGAUCUGCCAUGAUUACAACAAUCGCUCCGGUUGCCCUGGAAACUGCCAGCGUCUGCACGUGUGUGAGCGUUUCCUGAGUCGAGACUGCAGCUGCCCCAGGACGCACGACUUCACCGCUCCACAACCCCUCAAACUACUGCAGGAAAAACACAUCCCCGACCAUCUCAUGAAGGUUUUAAAGUCCGUGUACGCGAACAAGGAAGCGCUAAGGCUCGUCGACAAAGAAAACGGGAGUAAUAACAGUCACACGGCGUCAAGCUCAGAUAUUAACAAUGAAUAAAUGUUACGGGGCUGAUUUUCUAACAUUUCUUUUUGUUCUCAUUUGAUUUUACUAGUUUUAUUUUCUUAAUUAGGACUAGUGGAGUUAAAAAGAGCUUUGUUUUUAGUAAUGGGAUGAGACAAAAUUUCCACAAGACGAGACGAGAUACGAGAUUGGGUCCACGAAAAUGAGACAAGAUAAGAUUUUAAGAUAAUUCUUAAUAUUUAAAUUUCACAGUUCAGUUUUCAAUUUUGACCUCACAUUUUUUUAAUUUGAUUUCAUAGUUUUGUUUCAAUUCUAGUACUGUUUUUUGGAAAUGUAACUCACCAAAGUGUAAUCCAUUUUUAAAGAUGCACAAACCCAAGGCACUCACUGGUUAAAAUAAAAUGCCUUUAUUAAUUUACGGCAUGUCUUAAUGGACAACUUACAAAGUCCCGACGCGUUUCAGCCUAUGAUUUUCCUCAGGGGACACACAAAAUUGAGAGCAAAUCAUGUGAAUAGGAGGGUUUCAGUCACGUGAUCACGAUGAUGCGCGAAUUUCAGGUGGAGGGCAGGAAGUGAAGACAAACACGGCUCUGGAGAACACAGAUAUGGAGAAGAGUUCUUAUUGUAAGGAUUUAGAGCCAGGACCAAGGCAAAAGUACGAGCAGUUAGUCGACAAAUAUAUUGGACGUGACCCUGAUCUUAUUGAAAAUGAGAGAAUUUUCAACCAAAGUAAAAGAUUUGCUAACAAUCGAGGCCGAGGAGAUCACAAACUAUUUAGCUCUUCAGACAUCGUUCUACACCAGACAACAGAUGAAGACGUACAAAAGUUUGGAGGCAUAGAACUUUUUAUCAGUGGAUGGGUCCUCAACCUUGGUGCAAAACGCCUAAAUGAUGAUUAUCGUUUGGUUUUGGCCAGGGUGAGUGUUUCUCUUAUUUUAUGUGUAUAGACUGUUAUGGAAAAAACUGCAGUGUAUCGGCAGUAACCUCUAUCUGAACUAUUUAAUGUCAACAAAUCUCGUUAGCCGUUAGUCGUUAAUGAUUCGUUUAUGUUUAGGUAAACCACAAAAAACAAUUUAGCUUUGUAACAAACCUUUGACGAAGUGGUCACUGCAGACACGAGCAUUAGCGAAUUCUGCUCCUCCCGACCGCAAACAGGUUUGUAAUCCACUUUUUAUAGCGUUUUUCUGUCAGCUUUUCCCAUUUCUGACCUUUGUGGACGACUAUCUUCGGUACUCUAAAAAAAUCGCUUUUCCUUCUCUCGGUUAGAACGAUUGGCACAGCCGUAAACUACACAACACAUCAGCAUUUUCCUCCAGUCAGUUCACUUCCUGCCCUCCAUCUGAUUUUGCGUGCUGACAAACGUAGCCCUGUGACGUCACGUGAAACCCAGAUAUUAAAUACAAAAAACCACCAAUAGGGCUGCUCCACCUGGAAGAGGAGUGGAGACUCACCUGUGGACACCACCUAAUAACACCACAAGAUGGCAGUGUUAAAACAGUGGGACAUCAUAGAGUGUAUAAAAACUUAUUAUUUACAAAAAUAUUAAAUAUAUACAAAAAAAUACCAUGCAGUUAUAAAAACACCAUGCAGUUUUGUAAUCCUUUUUUGUCCAGUCCAAAUGUAAAUACACAAUCUUGUGGAAUGAGAUUUUGUACCAUCCCCAUUUAUUUUAUUUUCGCAUUGUAUUUUUAUUUUAUUUUUUAAUACUUUGUUUAUGAAAUGUGCUGUAUAAAUGAAGUGGAUUGAAUUGGAUCAGUCGGGGUGAGACAAGACACAAACUUUGGAUUCAUGAGAACAAGACCAGAUUUUAACAUAUUUUAUCAAGCAUAAUUUACAUUUAUUUCCUUUAAUAUUCUUGCUGCACUAUUUUUUGCAACUACGGCUUCUCAAAAUAUGUAACUUACCAACAUUUAAUCGUGCUGAAGUUGCAAAAGGAUGUAAAAAUAUAGAAAUUAUUGACACUUAACACAUAUACUGAAGGUGACCAAAAAUGAAUGUAAGCAUGUUUGGUCUUUUUCACUUUUCACAAAGACCACUUUCCUGUUUCUAUGCAAUGGUGAUAUACAGUAUAAUAUUCCACGGUCUGGCAUAAACCUCUUCUGUCUCCGUGGAGACGUACUGUAUCUUUAAAGACCUACUCUGUAAAAUCGACUUUUAGGAGCAUUUAACCAGAGGUGGGACCAAUACUUUGUUUUGUAACUCUCAAGUCUUUGACCUCAAGUCCGAGUCAAGUCCCAAGUCAAGUACAGGCAAGUCCAAGUCGAGUCUCGAGUCACUGGCCCAUAAGUUCAAGUCAAGUCCAAGUCGUCUGCUUUGAGCUUCAAGUCAUUUCAAGUCUUUAAACCAAAGUGCCAAAUAUAGCUUAGGGUUUUGCAAUUUAUAUGAAUUUUAAACUAAAUUGUACUUAUAAAGUCAUAGUAUAUUUAUAUAUGUGUAUUUGUAGAGUAUAUAAGUAGAAAUGCUAUUUUUUCCUUUUUAAAUGUCUUGACAAGAUCUUAGUGUGAAUCAUUACGGUCAGAAUAGAACGAAUUUAGAUUUAAAAGUGCUUCUCAAGUCACAGGCCUCAAGUUUGAGUCAAGUCCCAAGUCAUUCACCUUCAAGUCCAAGUCGAGUCUCAAGUCUUAGUUCAUCUUAUCAAGUCAAGUCUGAAGUCCUAAAAAUUGUGACUCAAGUCUGAUUGAGUCCAAGUCACACAAUCUUUAAUCGCUGAUUAUUAUCAAAUUAAAUAGAACUGAAUAAAGAAGCUACAGUAAAGUGUUAAAGUGAUCAUGUUACAUUUCAUUGGAUCUUUUGUCUGUGUGGUUUUAAGUUAGACGGGUUAAACCAUGAGACAGAUUUAAACUUUGUAGAAGAAAUCUUGAGGUGUCUGUUUUUAAAUUGCAUGUAAAUUAAAUGUCAUAAAUAAAGAGUUGUAUUUAAA